UUAUAAACUUUGGAAAGGGGAGGGAAGACACGAUGGAUUGAGGGAUCAAGGAGGGCAAAGCAAAACUUGGGCUGCAGAGAGAGAGAGAGAGAGACGGUGGAGAACAAGAUUCUAACUUGCUUGGCCUGAAAUCCAGAACGGGAAACAUUUAUUGAAGUGUUCUGUGGACUUCAGUCCUGAGGAGCUGCCUCUUGCUUGGUGUGCAAGGAAACCGGACAUGAGGGUCCCAUGGUUGACACUGCUCUUCCAGGUCUUCGCCUGGGUCCUCUCGGCCAAGGGUGCUGCUCUCAACAACGUGGAAGAGAAAGAAGCCCUGGAGUUUUUGCUGCAGUUUGGAUACUUACAGAAGUCACUGGAACAGUUCUCAAAUAAAUUCACAGAAGAGGAGAUCGAGGUUGCUUUGAGAUCUUUUCAGCUUGCAUCAGGACUGCCGGCCACUGGGCAGGUAGACAUGGCAACCCUCUCCCAGAUGAGGCAGCCCCGCUGUGGUGUGGAUGACCCCUUCAAUGAAAGGACCCUCAAAUAUCGCCUCUUGGGUCGCUGGCGCAAGAGGCACCUAACUUACAGGAUCUAUAGUUACAGCGAAGACUUGGGGAUUACUGCGACACGCACUGCGGUCCAGACAGCAUUCAAGUACUGGAAUGAUGUGACACAUCUCACUUUCCAGGAGGUGCGGACUGGCCGUGCUGACAUCCGCCUGUCCUUCCAUGGUUCUUCUCCUUGGGGCUGCUCACGGCCCUUCGAUGGGCCUGGUCAUGUAUUGGCCCAUGCAGACAUCCCAGAAUUAGGCACAGUCCACUUUGAUGCUGAUGAGCACUGGACGGAAGGGACUUCCCAUGGGGUUAACCUACGUAUCAUUGCAGCCCACGAGAUCGGCCACGCGCUGGGCCUGGGUCAUUCUCGGUACCCAACUGCACUCAUGGCUCCCUCUUACAAUGGCUAUCGGUCCCCCUUUCGCCUACACUGGGAUGACAUCGAAGGCAUCCAGGCCCUAUAUGGUAAGAAGACUCUGCCAACAACUGCACCUGGGACCUCCCCUUCUACCUUCCCUACAACCACUGCAGUUGCCCCAAAACCUAGCAAAAUCCCUGAUCCCUGCAAAGACGAGCUGGAUGCCAUCAUGUUGGGACCAUAUGAUAAGACAUAUGCUUUCCAUGGUGAUUAUGUGUGGACGGUGACUGAUUUUGGUACCAACCCCCCGUUAAAGAUCUCAGCAUUGUGGAAGGGCCUGCCUGGGCAGCUAGAUGCUGCUGUGUACUCCCCCCGUACUGGGCGCACCUAUUUCUUCAAAGGUACUAAACUGUGGCGUUACCGGGGAUUCAAACUGGAUUCUGGUUACCCUAAACCUCUCACUCGUAUCCCAGCCAAGAUAGAUGCUGCUCUCUAUUGGCCAAAAAACAAGAAGAUCUUCAUAUUUAAGGACACUGGCUACUGGCAGUGGGAUGAGCUGGGGAGCUAUUUCUCCAACAUACCUAGAAAGAUCUCCACCCUUUUCACUAGGGCUCCAUCCCACCUGAAUGCUGCAUUUACCUGGGAGAAUGGCAAGGUCUAUUUUUUCAAGGGACAAAGCUACUGGAGACUCAAUGACCAGCUUCGGGUUGAGAAAGGCUACCCACUAAGCACAGCUGAGCGCUGGAUGCACUGCUAAUGCUUAUGGUGAUGUUCUGGUUAAGAAAAUUAUACUUUCAGAAACAGCUGUUCUCUGAGCAAUGAGAUUUGUUUUUUCAAGAGACCCAACAGCGACACCUACCGGUGAGGCGCAAGAGCAAGUCUUCUGAAUAGGACCAAUUUGAGCAGAGGAGCAAAACAUACUGACAUUGUGGAAACUCCGUUUCUGCUGAGCUCCUUCAUUGCAAAUAUAUUUACCUUUAAAAAAAAAUGCUGGAUUUCAAAAACAUCCCAUUUUCCUCGGAGGCAACAUGGCUGGCAGAAAGAGCUAGCCCAGCUUCAGGAUAACAGGAGACCCAAGAGACCAUACUUAGGAGGUCAGACUGUAGAAUAAUUCAAUAUUUGAGGGGUUUUUUAAGGGAACUAAGGGCAUUACAGAAGUAUCAUUCCUUGUUAUAUGAACACUCUUCUAUGACUGUGUCUGGUCAAAUAGAGCUUUCAUAACAGAAUACCGAUGGCUCACUUUUCCUUGUACCUCUGUCAGAAGAACGGCUAAGCUUUUUUUUUAAAAAAAAAAUUAAAGCUAAAAUGACAAGGAAAGUGUCCUGGGGUAGGGGAGUAUAUCUUUUGCACUGCACGCACACGCACGCACGUCAUUGUUAGGGCAGACCUUGGAUUCCAAGAUAAUAAUUUAAUCUCAUCUAUCCAGCAGUGGACUGAGGGCUAGAAUGUUGCUUCCAGUUAUGCAAAAUGUACCCGGUUCCCAAUAAACAAAGAACG